GGCUCUCUUUCUCCUUCUUCUCCCUUCUCUUCUUGGACAGAGGGAACCGAAGGCAAGCUUGGAGGUUCUUCCUCGAGACCAAGGAGGCAGGAAAGUGGGGGUUCGAGUUGGCUGGUGAAGAUCGGGCCUUUCUUGGCAUAAGAGCCACAAGAAGAACCAAUCCCAACAGUGUGCUCUCUGAAUGAGGACGAUCCUGCCAUCUUUGUUCAGUCUUGGUGGGGGAACAUCCACACCCAAAGAUUGAAUAUAGCAUCCAACAACCUUAUGAGGUGGCAAAAGUGCUCAAAAUGACGACAAAUUACAACACGGCUCACAUGUGGACACAACUGGUGAUAAUUUUCUCCGGAAUUUUAAUGAUUUCGGGGAACGGGGUCAUUCAGAAGUUAUUGACAAUUCGAACUUGCGGGAAGCCCAAUAUUCAAAAUAUCAUGAACAAUGUUACUGCCAGUCCGGGUCAAUCGGCCACCUUCAAAUGUCAAGUGGACAUGUCUUGUAUUGUUGCCUACAUUGAGUGGUAUCACGAGAUGGACAACGGCACAGAAAAGCUAAUCAAGACUGCUUCCUCUUCGGGUGAUCCUCAUGUACACGUGAUCAAACAAGUCAAAUCUGCAGACGAAGGGUUGUACACUUGCAUUGCCGGGAACGUUCUUGGACAAGCUACCGCUUCGGCCUAUCUGGAAGUGAAUGGAGCUCCUUCCUGGCAUCAGUGCACGCAUACCGUCAUGAUCACAUCACUUUUGUCCUGUUGCAUGAUGUUCUACUCCAUGUUCUCAUCAUCACCAUCAUCAUCGAUCUCGCCUUUAUCCGCACUCACGUGGUCACGGCUGGACAUAACGUGAAGAACCAACAUUGCCCGCACAAACAAAGUUCCCCUUGGUGCUUGGUCGGCAGAUCUACGUACACGCGUAGACUCAACCGAUUUAUACUCAAACCCCACUCAGGCUUGCCCUCAGGCCAAGUCUGAACGAAUGAGCUACCGCUACAAACUACUACUACUACCACUACUACGUUAAUUACUACUACUGCUACUUCUACAAAAAGAACAGGAACAUCCUUCGUAAUGCAAGUAAUGAUUAUUAUUUGAAGUAAUAAUAAUAAUUCUGCAUCAACCAAGUGACGACCACGACCACGAAGACGACGACGACGACGAUGACAACAGCAACUGCAACUCUAUUACUCCGACAACUACAACUACAACAAAAACAACAGUCCUACUCAUUCUCAGUCUUGUCUCUAGACAGAGAUAGUGUUAGUUCAUGGUGCUACGAUUAUUUUGUACAUAGUGACUUAAAGAAACCGGUUGACGAGAGAAGAACGUGUAUAACGGCGUGUGCAGCAGAAACCGAGUAAAUGUUAGUGGUUUUCUAGUAAGAAUGAAGGCAAUAUGACUUGUAACGAUGAUGCCAUGAUGUCUAUCCAAGAUGAUGCAUGGUGUAGCUUUGUCAGUGUCAUGUUCAACUUAGCGCAAAGUUGCAAUAGUCAAUGUGAAUAUAUGAGGACCUUAAUGUUAGCCAAGCUUCCCCUUGCAACCCGAUUUUAGUGGCAAGAAACUGCAAGAAUAAAUAAAAAGAAAAAAGACUCACCCAGAGACGAAAUCUCUUCACUGACUCACUCACUCACCUGCCUUCUCCACCACGCAACGGGCAACUUCUACGAGAUACUACAUACAAACUGACUCAGAAAUUGGGGGUGUUCCUUCUCUUGGAGAGCACCCAUGUCAAGGAAAGAAAGUAAUAACAGAAAGAAGACAACAGGAAAAAAACAUGUAUUAUUGAUUAUUAUCAUCAUUAUUAUCAUUAUCAUGAUUAUUAUUACUAUUAUUACUAUCAUUUUUAAGAUCGAUUUGGCAUUUAUGCUCCUUUUUGUCGUCUGUCUACCCAGCUGAUAAUAAAGUCCCAAUAGUGCGAAAACCUA